UUUGCCCAUAGCGACAGAGUACAAUACAGAGUUAAAAUUCAGCGGUUUUAAUAUUUUCUGGGCUUUCUUAAAUUUUCUGGUUCAAAGUCUCCAAAUCUUAGGUUUUAUUGCGCUGAAUGUCCUCCACUGCUUUGCUGAUCAAAAUUUGCAACGCGCUCUAGAUCUACAGUUUCAUCCCAUGGCCUAUAACGACUGUCCCGUGGUCACUCUCAAUACUUCCGAUGAAAAUGGACUGGGUGCACUGCAAUAGUUGUUUUUUACAGCCGAAUAUAGAAGUGGAUAUCUUGAAAUUUAUCAUUACCAACUGCGGGCACUUAUUUUGUCGGAGAUGUGCAGAAAAGAUGCGAGGAAAAUGUAUGCAGUGUCGUAGUGACUGUCGGACAAUGGGCAUUAGCAAAGAUAUGGAUCCUUCUAUUGCCGUAUAUUUCCGAUCAUUGGAAGAUUAUUUCCAAAAGCUUUCCACUCUUCAAAAAGAAACCACCACUCUAUGGAGCAGUUUUGCCAAAGCGCACAGCUUCCAAGAGAGCCAGCGGAGGAAUCUUGUCAGUCAUUUGAAGCGGAAGGCCAGUGCGCCAUCGAAUGGGGCUUCGAGCAGAUCCGAGGAAAUUGAGCAAAUGCGACAGCGGAUAGCGUCUGACCAGCAGACGAUAGCCAAACUCCAACAAGAGCACGACCGACUGAUGACGAUAAUUUCCAACAGCCUGCACAAAAGACCUGCCAGUGGCGCUCGCAGUCAGACUACAGAUCCCGGGGGUCACCCGCCGACCAAAAUGGAUGUGUCUCCGUCGGUUUCCAUGAUCUCGCUCGCACCUUCAAUUCCCGAUGCUAGGCGGACCACAAACCCCGUCCGAACGGGCUCUGUACUGCCGAGAAAAGAUCCACCAAUGCGCGCACCGACCGCCAUACCAACUGAUCCUCGUGUCGCCUCUCGGAUGUUUGCUGCACAAGCGAAGCCUGCCCCACCUGCGGCAUCGCAUGUCUCCAUGUCCACAUCCGGAAAAAGUUGCGUUUCCGGGACUUCUUCACGCAUCGUUAGUGGUCCCACGUACAGCGCGAACCGGGCGCUUGUUGCUAAAAGAUACAAAUUUUAAAACAUCAACCGAAUGCCGGUGCUGUAUAUAAUAGUUAGCGUUCUUUUUGUAUAAUAUGCGUUUCGAGUUCCGCUCGAUUCAAACGUCAGCGGAAGACUUACGCACAAUUUGAUACAGAAAUCAAAACGACCCGUAUGAAAAUUUUUUUCCGUUGUUUAAAUUUAUUUUGACGGUAAAUCCAUUAGAAUUGGGGUGUGGUUUUGUUGUACGUAUCCAAAUUUUUGGCUCGUCUACAGCUAGAAAAAAAUCAAAAUUUGUAGGUGAUGUUAUGGACUGUAUUAUGUGUCGC